UGAGUAUCUCCAAGCCACGGCAAACAACAUUACCUUGGUUCUGUCCAGCUACGGUGCAUCGGCAUAUUUUUAAACUCUGGCUAAAGUUAGCUGGGACACCCUGUAUAUGCACUUGCUCUUCACUUGGUAGCACCAGUGGUAGCACUGAAGUCUUCCCUCUAGGUGUGCUUGCUAGAUAAGUAGGGAAGCCUACACAUUCUUUCAAACUAUUGCAGCUUGUAAUGAAACAUAUAACAGCACAAUUAAGCUACAAUGUUAAAGACAUACUAAAUAUUAUGACUUACCAAAGUCAUAUGUACACAAAAUAUGCAACUACAACACUGUAUUCGGAUCAUAAAAACAAACAUAAUGAGGUCAACUAUAAAAAAAAUAUUGCGGGAAUUGUUUUGGACAGGCUGCUCAAUGAAAUGAGCACAUAUGUAGAUUCUACAUUACAUGUACCAAGCAUUUCAAGUUAAAUUAGCGACAGCUUAUGAAAUAUCAUUGUAAAUUGCGUUCACUCGCCCUUCCUGUGCUAGCAAUCCGAUUGCUUGCAUUUCCUAAGCUAUUUGGAGAGCGCCCUUUAAAGCAGACGAGGAAAGAUGUCCCAAUGUAUGUUCAUGUGUUCUCGCACACUUUCACCAGUGGCCACUGUGUUGAUGCCAGUGGACUGAAAUGAGAACGAUCAGUUGGCACAUUGCAAGGGAGCAAGAAUAAUUAAAACCGCUAUGCGCUUAAAGCAUUAUCAUGUUUUAGGUCAACUGCUCACUACCAUUCAAGACACCACAUUCAGUUACCUUGCAUUGGUCCGAUACUGCUGCGUUAUUGGUUAAUCGGUUAAUCGUAUUUUCUACUUAGACCUCCCCGCAAGGACUAAUUUAUGCAACUAAUCAUGCACGAAUCAAUACUGCCCUUCCAUGGUUAAAAUGGCUGUGUAAAUAACCCAUCACAUGGACUCAGCCGCCAAUGCUAUGCACACUUGCACUUCAACUUACUUAGUGCACUGACAUGCCUAAAUAGAGGUUCCUCUGCUCUGUCUGAUGUACACUAGGAAAAUUUGUUGCACAAGGACCAAGAAGCGCGGCAUGCCCUGUUGCGUGAAGUUUACGAAGAGCUCACUCCGUGCGUACACAUGGCACACGAACGAACUCGGCAGGCGGCCGACUGAGUGCCGCUAAGGCCGCGCAACGUAGAGUCCGACACCAGUCACAAACUGGAAGUAAUCGUGACUACCAGGAGUAACAGGAUAUUUUACGCCAAGGGGAUUCACGAUUAAUGUUUGCAGUAUCUACUAGAGAGUUAUGCAGCGUAUAUGCGGUAUCCAUUCGCGAACUAGAAAAACUAUAACAAGAAGAAAGCUACAAUAAGCAGCGCAAUAUAUUGCAACCAUUCCGAGGUGCCAAAGAAAAUCGAAUUUGCCUGUCUCACAUUGGACACAAAGUUCCUCUAAAUAUCAUAAAAAAACCAAUCACAUGAGAGAAAACAGGGAAAAAAAAAAUCGGAACCUGAAUCACAAGCGAUAACAGCACGGUGUGGUGCACGCAAUAUUCUAUGGGUGCGCUGUAGCACAAGGCAAGGAAAUAGGACGGGCACUUGACCUCAUCUCUUGCACUACCGUACCAGUAAUGAAUCAUUAACAUAGAGCCUGUAUGUCAGUUCUCUUGUCUGCAACAUUCCACAAUCACGGCUGUCUAGGGGAUAUAGGCAAAGUGCACAGAGACAGCAAUUCCCGUCUUUCUUUCAAACUUGCUAGUUUCACCCAUGACGGCGGAUCUCGAUGCCAGGCACACGAAAGCAACAUUUAUUCUGAUGUUCGUCCUAAUACUCAGCUUAACGCCUUAAUUACAACAUCACUGAAAAGGCUCCUCACAUAGCGAUGAGAAUCAGCUUGAAGAGCAAAUUAGUGCCCUCCACUCGGCGCUCUCCAAUGCAAAACUCAGCUGCUCUACAAAUUAAAACCAUACAAACAAAUCACUGCACAUGCCAGCACCAAGUAAGACCUCAAAACACUGGAAUACUUGCAUGACAUAGGACAGCACAACCGAAAACGGGCAGAAACACACAACAGCCCAAACCAAGCGCAAUUACAGAACUAUGCACAGGCCGGUUUCAUGCGGGAGCCGGCAGCCGCGGCCACAAGCUUGGUCAUGUGCACCGUGGUCAUGUGACCGAUGUGAUGACGGUAUCGCCACCUUGCGUAAGGUUGGCUAGUGUUGAUGGGUUGUUCAUAGCUUCAGAGAUUUUUUUGCCGCGCAAAUCUCGGAGGUCAUGGGUUGUUGAAGCCGUGGUUGAAGCGCGCGGUGUGGUGUGUGGGCUUGGUAUGCACGUCGUGCGCGUUGCGUGUGUCUAUUUAUCCGCUGUGAAUCGCCCCGCGCCAGACACUGCCCUCUCUUCCGUUGUUCUUUUCGCGCACUGGCUCGUUUGUUUGAUGCCACUCUGUCUCAAGCACGAGCGUUGAGCGGGAAGUUGCCACUGUGCGUUUCGCAGGCCUUUCAUUACCGCACCCUCCCUUCCCCCCCCCCCCCCUUUAUUUCGGAUGCUGUCACUGCCCCAUCAUUGUGGUUGCGGUGUGUUAAGAGACGAUCGGCGCUUCUGAGCAGGCGCAAUCACACCACGAUAUGCGCCCAAGCGUGCUGAGCCCUCACCGUUUGACUUCCAGCAAUAUUAAAGCGCAUAGAUUUCUGUGUCUGGUUGUUUUUAUGGUUGAUAAGAUGUCAGCGGUCGGCCGGCGGACUGUUGAUUUGCAAGGAAAACGUUAGUUAGUUCGCUCUCGCUAACUAUAUUUCCCUCGCAUCUCUCUCGUUGUUUCGUUCGCUCACCUAUGAUGGUUUCUGCACAUUCUUUUCUAUACAUUGUGCUCACAUUAGAAUUCGCCGCAACACUUUCUGCAGAAUGUGCAUGAAAUAAAUGUAGUGCUUUUACAGUCCGUGCAACUUUAAAGGAAUGAAAGACAGUUUACAGCACAAGUGAAUUGUAUGCUGUGGGCACAUAGGCAGAGGGAACAACCAGUGCUCCCUGCCAAGGCUAAAAUAUUGCCUGCAGUUGAAUAGCAAAGCGAGUGCAAGCAUGUCAAAUAAAUUACCUAAAAUAUAUAGAAAACUUGGACAACCUGGACAAUCUAAUUUUCUGUUGCACCCAACGUAAAUACGGGACAUUUUGGGACAACAGGGUUGCUGAAAACUAGGUGCAACCAGUUUGGUGGAUGCGUGUACGUAGCUGGCACUAACAUCAGGACAUAUUUCAAAACCAGGACAUGUCCCACGAAUUCCAAAUCUACUGAUAAUGCCUGACUGCAUAUGCUCCAGAGUGCUCAUUAUGUGAAUGAACUGCUUAUUUGUUCCUAAUGCUUCAUUUCUGCUUUUAGUAAACAAUGCUUCACAAUGUGCAAUGUAGUGACAAAAACUUGCUAAUGUUGUGACUAUGAGGAUGUAAACAUUGUUUUAUCCUUUGUCUACAUGCUUAGAGGCGCUGCUGAGCAUUUGCGCCCAUGCCAUGUAAUGAGGGAAGUAGUUUUUCAGGUUUGUAAGAAACCGGUUGACAAAAAGAACUAUACAACAUAUUGUAUCAUUAGAAUUUUGUUGGGCCUGACGAAGUUAUAUUAAUGGUGAAAGAGGCUGUUCAUUAUUCGAAAAGUGUUUGAUUACCUUCCGGCUUAUUCGAUUCGUAUUCUGUCUCAGAAUUUAUUUAUUUUCGUACUUUAGGUGCCCAAAGGCAUUACAGAGAGGAGUGAAGUUACAAAAUGUUAGAAACAGCAUUUUCAAAGACAGCAUCAGUGAUGGUAGCAAUGGAAGAAAGAAGGCGGUUCCAUCCACUUCUGGUCCGAGGGAUUAAAGAAUAAAAAUUAAAAUGUUUGUUAGUGCAACAUCUGGGGGCAACACCCACUUUGAAGUGAUGAUCACUGACACAAAAUAUAGUUCGGCUUAAGCAGGAGUUGAUAUUUAAAAGCUUGUGGCACAAACAUAAGCGUUUGCCCACCUCUAGUUUACCGCUCAUUUUAAUCCUCUCCAUAUUGUCUUUAUUGGAUCUGUAAAGUGUAGCAGCUUGUGCCUUCAUAAGUUCUUGCUACUAUGGUGGUAGCCUUUUCAAGCUGCCCCUCUUUGUCCAUCUCCAUUUUCUUUGACAGUGUGCAGUCCCUGAUGCCCUCUACAAUCCUCUCAUGGAUUGUUUCACUGCGGAGAUAAAUGAGGUUGCAUACUUUUGCCAAGUGAUACAGUUCAAUGAUGGACUCCUUGACUUCCUUGGCUUCUGUCUGUUCUCUUCUGAUGAAAUUAAGUGCCUUGUUCAUAGAUGAUGGUUCUCGUAUGUCUCUAGAAUGAUAUAGUAUGUCAUAUUCUUCUCCUUUGUCAACAUCACUGGAGAACACCUUGUACCUUUUUUCAAGAGUAAACGUGGGUAUGGGCUUAUUCCACCUCACAUUUUGUAGAAAGUCCACACGCGAUGCGAAGACACUCAAAAUGCCAUUUCCACUGCGGCCACUCACUUCGGUUUGUGUUAUUGGAAUUCCUCGGAAGGUUAACAUUGGAAACGUGAUGCAUCACUACAUAAACUGCAGCACUGCCAUGUUCCUCUUUCACAGGUGCUGCCUUGCCCAGGCGUCUUGCUUGAAUGUUUUACUGAGUGUUUUGACUCAUUUUGUCUACUUGCACUGUUGUUAAGCGGGGACGUUGAGCUUAAUCGAGGCCCAGGGAUAGCAGAGCAACUCGAAGAAAUUCUCCAACAUCAAAAGGCUUCUUCAUGUGAACUAAAGUCUAUCGGAGUUAAGCUAGACUUACACAUAACCGCGACAAACGUGAGACUGGCUUCCAUUGAAGUUAAACUGGAAGUGCUUUCACAGACAGCUAAAGGGAUGGAGACGUGAGCAAUCGCUUAGGGAACUAAAGGAAGUGAUUGUUUUACUAUGGAGAAAUGUGGACUACAUUGAAAAUUAUUCUCGACGAAACAAUCUGCUCGUGUAUGGUAUUCAGGAGUCUGAAGCAGAGAUGGUAAAUAGUCUUAAGGAACAUAUUCUUACAGAAAUUUUUGAACACAAACUUGAAAUAAAAGUAGAGAGCAUAGAGAGUUAACACCGCCUAGGAAGAAAAGUGAUAGGGAAAGCACAUCUGGUGAUUAUAAGGUUUUUUGACUUCACUGAAAAGGCGGAACUUCUCAGAAAUGCUUCGAAGCUGAAGGGAACUCAAACGUACAUUUCGGAAGACUUCUCACCUAGGCUAAGAAAAAUUGGAAAGCUGCUCUGGGGGCUACUGCUAAAGAUAAGGAGCCUGAGGAUAAACUGUACCUUAAGUAUGACAAAUUAGUCAUUAACAAAGCGCAUGGGAUGAAAGAAAAAAAUCAAAGGUUUAAAGUACCUGAUGCCACUUCACGCGGUAUUGAUCACAGCUUUGAGAGUGGUUUAGCGAAAGCCUCACAACAGGGGAAAAGUGCAGGUCGGUCCGCGAAGGAAAUGCGCCAAUGCUUCUAGUACUUGACAAGCCACAGGUUCAGAAUCACCGAGGUCUUUUUUUUUACACCCACGGUUCUCCGAAUCAAGCUAAGCAUAAACCGCCAUCGGCUAAUAUUAAUGCUCGAAGUCGUCUUGAUGGCAAGACGACCCCAUCGCCAGAUACGUGCCAGUUACGUGUGAUAUCCUUGAACGCUAGAAGCACUGUAAACAAAAUAGAUAGCUUUGAAGUUCUGCUCUUUUCUUACGAUCCCCACCUACUGGGGAUUUCCGAGACAUGGUUACAAAGUGGUAUUCUUGACGAAGAAAUUGUGCCACAGGACUACGUCAUAUACAGACGAGAUCGUGGCUCACGUGGUGGAGGUGUUGCGGUGAUUGCGAAACGAGUAGUAAAUGUAACGCUGCUUGAACAAAUUGAUCAGCGUGAAAGUUUGUUGUUGCAUGUAACUGCGCAUGGUUUCACUUUUUUUCUUUGUGCUGUAUAUCGUGCACCUGAUGCAGCGGAUUCUUUCAUGUAUAGUCUAUUUGACCGCUUACUACCUUACCAAAACCGGAACUUAAUUAUUACUGGUGAUUUUAACUUCCCAGCUAUUGAUUGGGAUAAACGGUAUUAUGGCCUGUCUGCCUCAUGUAAUAUUAUUCUAGGUCUGAUGUUUUCUUUAAACCUUAAGCAAACCGUUCAUGCAUACACCAGAGAGACAUCUGUCCUAGACCUCUUCUUUGUUAGUCAAACCUUUUUUGAUGGAGUGCUUAGUGUUCAAGCUGGAAUCUCGGGCCAUCGUCUGUUAUUUUUCUGUUGUGUUUCGCCAGUUGUUUGCAGGAUGCAUCCGGUUAAAAUGAUCAAGGACUGUACACGUGCUGACGAUAACGCAAUCAUCGACUCUUUACAAUCACAGUUAGAUGACCCUUGCAGCGAUGACCUUGAUAGUUUAUGGCAGCACUUUAACAAUACAGUACAGUACAAUAUUGAACAUUUUGUUCCCCUUAGAAAGGUUCGUAUUAAUCGCCGCUAUCGUUGGAUAAGUCGUGAAAUUAUUCAGAUGAAACGCAAAGUGAAGCGCUGUAGGAAGAAAAAAAUACCUUGUCCACAACAGUUCUAGGUUCUAAAAGAAGAACUUGCCUCUAAGUUAAAAUUAGCAAAGUCCUGUUAUUUUGACACGACGCUCCCCGAAUUUAUCAGAAGUGAUCCCCAAAAAUUUUUGAAUUUUCUGGGUCGCAGGACUGACCACUUGACCAAAAUUCGAGUUAAUAACAGAGUUGUAACCGACUCCACGAUCAUAGCGCAAGGUUUUAACUCGUAUUUUCAAAGCGUGUUCCUUAUGGAACGGGCAACCAUAGCUAGAAAUCCAGUUGAAGAUCCUGGUGACGUACCAACUAUCUCUGUGAACGGUGUUGUGUCUAUGCUGCGUAAACUCGAAAGAUAAAAAAUCUGCAGGCCCCGAUGGGCUUCCAAAUGCCUUUCUCAAGCAUUUUGCAGCACAGGUAUCUCUUUUCCUAACGAGGAUCUUUCAAGUUUUGUUACUUUUGGGUGAUGUGCCGGAGGACUGGAGGGUGGCCCGCGUUGUGCCAAUUUUUAAAUAAGGGGACAAGCUAACCAUUUCUAAUUAUCGACCAAUUUCAAUCACUUCCUCUUGUUGCAAGUUGCUUGAACACAUAGUUUCUGGUUAUCUUAACUCCUAUCUUGCUGAAAAUAAAAUUUUAUCACCUGUGCAACAUGGCUUCCGGAAAGAAAUGUCCACUGUGACACAGUUAGUUACAACAAUUCAUGAUUUUUCUGUUGUGCUUGAUAAAUCAGGGCAGAUUGAUGUACUUAUUUUAGAUUUCCGCAAGGCAUUUGACACAGUUCCCCACAGUAAACUUAUUUAUAAACUGGAAAGUAUUGGCGUCCCUACUUACCUUGUUAAUUGGAUUAAUGCUUAUUUAAAACACAGGACACAGUACGUAGAGGUUAAUGGUUGUAAAUCUGAAGUGCUUCCAGUUAUGUCAGGUGUACCCCAAGGAAGCGUAUUAGGCCCGCUGCUCUUUCUAAUUUAUAUCAAUGAUUUGCCAGCUGCUAUUUCCAAAAAUGUCUGUCAGGCUUUUUGCAGAUGACUGCAUUCUUUUUAAGAGCAUAAACGAGCAUAAUGAACAUUACCUCUUACAAAACUCGCUGUUAGCCGUUCAUCAAUGGUGCCUUAAAUGGAAUAUGCAACUUAACCUAGAUAAAACUGUCAUCUUGCAAAUUUCGCGCAAAAAGCAGGUUUCUCCUUUCUCUUACAGCCUUCUAAAUCAUUCUAUUAUGGAGGUCAGACAUCAUAAAUACUUAGGGGUUACGAUAACAAACGGUUUAACAUGGUCUGGGCAUAUUGCAGACAUUAGUUCCUCAUCAUUUUCCAAGCUGUGCUUUCUGAGGCGGAAGCUUAGAGGCACUCCAAGUAAGCUUAAACGUCUUGCAUACAUAACAUUUAUUAGAUAAAAAUUAGAGUACGCGUUGGUCUUAUGGGACCCGUUCAUAAAGGAGGACAUUUACCAGCUUGAGAUGGUGCGAAGGCUAGCAAUUAGGUUUAUUUAUAACAAAUACAGAAGGCUUGAUUCACCUACGACACUAAUGAAAACAAAUAACAUCCCACUACUUCAAGUACGUAGGAAAAUGUCCCAUUUGUUGCUCAUGCAUAACAUUUUAGCACAUAAACUAAACAUUUCGCGUCCCACAGUACUUAAACAGCUAUCAUCUAGACGAACACACUACACAGGAAGUCAUUUACUGCAACCAAUUUUUGCAAGAACUGAAACCUUGGGACACAAUUUUUUUCUCGAGGACCGUUUCCGACUGGAACUGUCUCCUGGGGGCCAUUUUCCAGUCCCCUAAUUUUGUUAAAGCUCUAGAAGAGCAUUUGUUUGAGUGAAUGAGUGCUGUGUAUGUGCGUAUAUGUGUAUAUAUGUAUAAAUAUGUAUAUGUGUAUGUGUAUACAUAUUUUUCUGCUUGUUUAUUAGUGGCAAUCUCUUAAACUGCUGUUUCUUUCUUUUUUUCUUUUUGUGUCACAGUGCAUUUUCAUGCCUUGUAUAGCCGCUCCUGCAUGGGCCAAAACUGUUGGCCUGCAGUAUUUUGAAAUAAAUAAUAAAUAAAUAAACAUAUACUACCACAAUGUUGUGUGUUUGGAGAGCAGAAAACUUUGCAGACAUUCAAUCUACAAGUCUAUUCAAUGUAGUGUCCCUUGCCAGGUGCUUAGAAUGGUUGAUUUUAACAAAUUGGCUACCAAAUAUUGCACGCCCUGUGUGGCCUUCCGUCCGGAUUCUUUUUGUCCUGUAUACACACCACAUUAUAUAAUGUUCUAUGGUAAUGAACGCUGAAAAAUACG